AUGCAACUCCAGCUCUCCGCAAUCUUCUACGGCCUCGCCGUUCUGCAGGGCGCUAUUGCGUCGCCUGUUGCGGAGCCGGCUGUUGAGGUUGAGGAGAGAGACAUUGAGCCUAGAGCACCUUCUAUGGGAGACAUUCCCUGGCCUAGACUCCCAGCUCUUCGUCGAGCUAAGAAGGGCAGUGACAAGAACUGUCCUGCUCCUACUAACGACCAGGGCAAUGCUUGUUCUUCUGGAACUCAGUACUGCUGCACCACUGCCGCUGACGGGACUCAAACCUGCUCCAACUCUGAGGUCUGCAACGCAAAGAUUAUCUGCUGCAACAACAACAGCGGCGUAAGCACCCCCUCCCAAUCCUCACGCGUCGCUCACAGUGAUCAGUUCCAAAUGUGCAUUGGUGAAAUUGACUUCAAUGCGCCCGUGACCAUCAACAUCAACAUCUACAAGGGCGGCAAGGGAGGAAAGGGUGGCAAGGGCGGCGGCUACAAGGCCAUCAAGGAGUAA